CGUUCCUCAAUGCGCACGAUCAAUCAUUAUAGUACUAGAAUGGCGACUGCUGCGUGCGGUCGUCAGUGUAAAACAGGCGGUAAUACUGCCAAAUCACAAAAAGAACACCUGCGAAAAGGUAAAGACUCACAACGGAGACAGGCGGCUCUUUCUUUCCUGAACAACAUAUCUCUAGACGGACGGCCUUUAUAUCAUCUCAGCAAUGGAAACCUCGGUCAAAGGGACGCCGCCGAGCUCCGAAGUCGAGACGCCGCCGGGGCACAGGCGAUUGGACACACUCAAUUUUCACCGUGUACCUACGGAACCUUCCCCCAUGUAUCACCCUACUUGGCCGGUGGCGCUGCUACUACUGUGGCGGGGAUUGGGGGACUGAGCCCAGUCCUACCUAAUUUGGGUAUGUCUACAGACACUGGCGCAAGUGUUGCUGUGGGGUGCCGUGAGGUGUUGUUUGAGGGUGUAGACACCAUAGUACCCCCAGAUACCCCCCUGUCCCCCAUUUCUGGACCUCAGACCUUCAAUCCAAUUGCCAAAUCGCCAUCUGUGCUCCAGACUCUGAAUUCCGUGCCGGGGGAUACACGUCAAAGGUCACGGAAUCAUUCGGGCUCUCCAGGACCCGCAAGGGUGGCCAAGAAGGUCCACUUUAUCAAGAGUAUGAGGCAAUAUGACACGAGAGGCAGCAGGAAAGGAGUUGUUAUAAUGAUCUCAGGCUUUAACGUGGAGCUGCAUGAUGGUGACAUGAGUAGUUUCUCUUCCUGCCCACCCAGUGACCCAAAGCUGGAUGCUCAGAGACAACGGCUGUCUUCUGGGGUUGGCUCUGACCUGUUCCCUGGCCUGGAGGGCCUUGGGGUGGAGCUAGGGGCAUAUGGAAAGACGGUAUCGUACGCCCGAUUCCUUUUCCCAACUAAUGCCCUGGUGAGGUCGAAGAGCAGUGGACCACUAGAGCCCAGCACAACACAGACACCCCUAUCCCGUUACCGAGGCAACGGCCAGAAGAACUACACCAACCCGUCUCGAGUCAACAGCACCAUAGGACAGGACCCGAGUAUAGAAGACCUGGCAGACUAUGAUCCCUACCUACUCAGUGACCCUCAGUGGCCUUGCGGGAGACACAAGAGAGUUCUUAUAUUUGCAUCUUAUAUGACGACUGUUAUUGAGUACGUGAAGCCGUCAGACCUGAAAAAAGACAUGAAUGAGACGUUCAAGGAGAAGUUCCCCCAUAUCAAACUGACCCUCAGCAAGAUAAGAAGCCUGAAGCGGGACAUGCGUGCGGUGGGAGAGGAGUGCAGUCUGCAGCCAGUCACGGUGGCCAUGGCCUUUGUGUACUUUGAGAAGCUGGUGCUGCAGGGCCGCCUGAACAAGCAAAACAGGAAGCUGGUGUCUGCUGCCUGCGUCCUGCUGGCAGCCAAGAUCAGCAGUGAUCUGAAGAAGCAGGAGGUCCGACAGCUGAUUGACAAGCUGGAGGAGCGUUUUCGUAUAAACCGGCGGGAGUUGAUUCCAUUGGAGUUCCCUGUCCUGGUUGCCUUGGAGAUGGGGCUCUACCUCCCUGACAGCAAGGUCAUGCCGCACUACCGCAGGCUGGUGCAGCAGGGCUAGGCUGGAGCCUGGAGGUGGCCUGAAUCACUGGCCUGGGUCCAGUUUGGAUAUUUAAGUCCUGAUGAUAUUGAUUGGAAAUGCUGAUCCUGGAUCAUCACCUGGAGGGGGGCAUUUUCUUCCCUAGAAUAUGUUUAGGUGUAGCAGACAUGUCCCUUAUUCAAAUUGGGGGGGGUUUGGUGCUCAAUAUUUAUUUUGAAUGUUUCUUUAUCACGAUAUGAAGGAUUGAGUGUUAUCCGCAAAGAUAUUGGACUGAUUCGCUUGUACCGAACUUCUUUCUGUGGUGUGUAUUGCAUUCUGAUCAAUAUAUAUUUUAUAAACCAUGUCUAUUUGUACAAACAGUA